AUGGGUGAAAAAGUUGACAGAACUGUAAAUGAUGGAAAUGGUCCCUAUGUCUUCAGGUUAAAUGGACAGAAUCAUCAUCUAAUUGGCUCUUUGUUACCAGUUGAAGGAUCGAAACCAAAGUUUGCUCAACUUUACAUAUUUGAUACAGAGGAUAAAGUGCAGCAUAGGAUAAGGUCAAUUUCAUCUGAUAAAGAAAAUUAUGGCAUUGAUCCCGAAAUUGUUAACUCUCUAAUACAUAUGCUUGAUGAAAAAAAUGCUUUGGUUAAGGUUUUCAAAAUGGCCAGGGAUCGCUACACUGAAUGUAAUAUUGCAGAUGUGAGAUUGUGUCUCAUUAAUUGUCGUACCAAUCAUUCCUCACAGUAUAAUCUACCUACUACCUCAGAAGUUGCUGGUCUUAUUGUGGAUGAUUUUGACCUUAAUAAUGGGUAUCGUGAUAUUAUUGUUGAGGAUCGUGAUCGUGAGCUCCGGUGUAUAAGUGAAAUCCAUCUAGCUUUUAUGGCUAUGCAAUAUCCUCUACUUUUCCCUUAUGGUGAGGAUGGCUUCUCUCUUGCUAUACUGAAAAGAUUAAGAGGCUCAAUGCAUGAAAGCGAAAAUUCAACUCAAUUCAUUGUAGACGCUUACUAUUGUAUUGAAGGAACUCGUUUGAGGUGGAUACAAAAAAAACAUGACUACCUAAGAGCUGAGAUAUACAAUGGGCUUAAAGAUGCAGUACUACGAGACAUAACUCGAGCAUCUAUUGGUAAACGGAUAGUUUUACCAUCUUCUUUCACUGGUGGCCCAAGAUACAUGAUUCAGAACUAUCAAGAUGCCAUGGCAAUAUGUCGGUGGGCAGGCUAUCGAGACCUCUUCCUUACUUUUACAUUCAAUCCUAAAUGGCAAGAGAUCAUUUCUUUCCUAGAAUUGAUUCCUGGUCAAAAGUCGGAAGAUCGACCAGACAUUGUUGCAAGAGCUUUUAAAAUAAAAUUGGAUGCACUUUUGCAAGACAUAAAGAAAGGACGGCAUUUUGGUAAAGUAAUUACAGUUCCUGAAGAUAUUGAUAGCAUAAUCAGUGCUGAAAUUCCUAAUUCUUUGGAAGAUUCGAUUGGCCAUGAAGCUGUUAAGCAAUUCAUGAUGCAUGGGCCAUGUGGUGCAGCUAGGCCAAACUCUCCUUGCAUGGUUGAUAACAAUUGUACCAAGCAUUUCCCUAAACAUUUUGUUUGUGAAACCAUCAUUGAUGACCAAGGCUUUCCGACUUAUAGUAGACGAGAAGAUGGCCGUUUUGUGCUGAAAAAUAGUGUGGAAUUAGACAAUCAAUAUGUAGUCCCAUACAAUAUUGAUUUGCUAGUGAAGUAUCAGUUGCACUUAAAUGUUGAAUGGUGUAGUCGGUCAAAGGCCAUCAAAUAUCUUUUUAAGUACAUUAAUAAAGGCACAGAUCGUGUUACUGCUAUUUUGGAAGAAAAUGUCACUUUUUCUAAUUAUGAAUAUUUGGAUAAUGUGGUAAAUAGACUAGGAGUUGACAAAACUAUAUUUACAAAGUGGAUGAUAGAAAAUCGACUGUAUGAAGAUGCUAGGCAGCUAACCUUCCAAGACUUUCCAACAAAAUGGGUUUGGGACAAGAAAAACAAAGAAUGGAGGAGAAGAAAGUCAGGUGCUACAAGUUUUGAUGAAAUCAAAACUGUUAAUGGCCAAUUGUGUCCUUUUAAAGUUGCAUGUUUUGCUCUUGGGCUACUGGAUGGAGAUAGAGAGUGGAAUGAUGCUAUAAGAGAAGCAUCAAAUUGGGAUACUGGACAACAGAGGAGAAUCUUACAGUUUGAUCAACUUCAGCUUUCUGAAAAUCAAUUGAGAAGUUAUGCCUUAUAUGAAAUUGAAAAACUUUUGAUUAAAGCUGGAAAGUCAUUGAAAGACUAUCCACCUAUGCUUUUACCUGAUAUGUCUCUUAUUAGGGAAAGGAAUAACAAACUCCUUGAAGAAGAAUUGAGUUAUGACAAGGAAGCAUUGGCUGCUGAAACAUUGAGAGACUUAUUGCGCUUCUCCAGUAACUUUGAUCCUAAUAAAGUUUUUGGUGGUAUCACAGUUAUUGUUAGGGGAGAUUUCAGACCAAUCUUGCCAUUAAUACCAAAGGGUAGAAGAGAAGAUAUUGUUGCAUCAACCAUAAACAAAUCUGUCAUUUGGAAUCAUUGUGAGAUAUUUAUGCUUACAGAAAAUAUGAGGCUCAAUCAAAAUUUCAAUAAUUUGGAAGAUGGUCAAUUUGUUGUUGACUUUGGGAAUUGGAUUUUAAGGAUUGGAAAUGGUGAAUUUGAGAAUCUUGCUGAUUGGGUUAUUGAGGCAAAGAUUAUAAUUGGGACAAAUAUUGGCUCUAAAGUCUUUAUUCCAAGAAUUAUUUUGUCCCCUACAGCAUUGAAAUGGCCACUCAUUCUGAAGCAAAGACAAUUCCCAAUUUUUGUUUCAUUUGCAAUGACAAUAAACAAAAGCCAAGGCCAAUCUUUGAAUAGAGUAGGCCUGUUUUUACCACAACCUGUUUUCACUCAUGGCCAGUUAUAUGUUGCAAUAUCUAGAGUCACUAAUAGAAAUGGUCUUACAAUCUUGAUAGUAAAUGACAAGAACCGAACACAAUUCCUAGUUAAAAACAUAGUGUACAAAGAAAUAUUUUCCAAUUUACCAGAGCUAUCCGGUAUAACAAUGUCCAAAGGAUAUAGCUUUCUAGAUCAAAUAUCUGAUGCUAAGGAGACAUGA